GACUUAGCGCACUAUCCCGCGCAGGACCUGCUGCGCGUGCUCGCCACGCUGCUGCACCAGAUCGCGACGGCGAAUGACGAGCUGCGGCCCAACGGCCAAGCAGCAUCACGCAGCUCAAACGUGCGCGCAGAGCGGCCGUCCAUCACGACGGCGUCGCUGGGCGCGCUCGGCACGCCGAGCAGCACGCUCUGCUUCCACGCGCGCAACGUGCCGAGCAUCAGCAUCGAGUCGUACCUGCUGCGCAUCCUCAAGUACUGUCCGACGACGAACGAGGUCUUUCUCUCGCUGCUCGUCUACUUUGACCGCAUGAGCCGCAUGGGCCUUGAGGAGCGCGCGGGCGACGCCGAGCCGCACCCGGGCAUGCGUGGCUUUGCCAUCGACAGCUACAACGUGCACCGCCUCGUCAUUGCCGGCGUGACGGUGGCGAGCAAGUUCUUCUCCGACGUCUUCUACACCAACUCGCGCUACGCCAAGGUCGGCGGCCUGCCCGUGCACGAGCUCAACCAGCUCGAGCUGCAGUUCCUUCUGCUCAACGACUUCCGCCUCGUCGUGCCGCUGGAGGAGAUGCAACGGUGA